AUGACAUUUGAAAAGAUUUCUCAGGAUUUCAGCACAGAUGGGCAUUCAGUCUCUCACCGUCAAAGAUUUCGACAAGAUGGAAGCAGACCUGCGUUUCCACACCACCGACUGGUUAUACUGAGUCUGAGCCUGCUGAAUGCUGUUCUGCUGAUAGCUGCUGUUGUCACUGGGAUUUACUGUGUCAAAGCCAAAGACUUUCAGGUUUCAGAUUCAUCUGUUUCACCCUUGUUGAUUGAAAUGAACCAUCUCCGCAACCACAGUGGUAUCAUCAAAGAGAGGCUGGAGGCCCAGGCAAAACUGGUGAAAGAGCGCGCCAACCACGUGCAGCUAAAGCUCCAGGUGAAGCAGAUGAAGGUCGAAAAUGAUUUGCUUCAGCGACAAAUUGAGACACUAAAUGCAGCGAAAUCAAAUCUCCAGACAAAUAAAACUCUCUUAGAGGAAACCUGCGGCAGAUGCCCAACAGGAUGGCUCCUUCUUAAAACAUCCUGUUAUUAUUUUUCUCACCAUGAAAUAAACUCCAGAAAGAACUGGACGGAGAGCAGACAAUACUGCAUUAAUCAGGGCGGUGACUUGCUUGUGAUCAAUAACUUGGAAGAGCAGCUCCUCAUAACCGACAACUUUCAAAAAGUGAGCAGCUCUGGCAUAUGGUGGCAGAAUGGAUACUGGAUUGGCCUCACUGAUGUGGUGACAGAAGGAACGUGGGUCUGGGUUAACAAUGUGACCGAGGUGGAUUCAUUGUACUGGAGAAGUGGGCAGCCCGACAGCUCUGGUGAGGAGAAGAAGAACUGUGCUGCUUUUCUUUUCUUUACCGAUAAUGUGAAGACGUGGUACAAUGUAGAAUGUAGCAGCAAACAGCUGAACUGGAUCUGCGAGAUGGAGCCAAAGCAAACCACAAGGGGAUCUCAAUGA